UAAGCGCACGCGCUACUCAUCUCAGUACACUCAAAACGAUCGUGUCAUGCGCACACACAUUGUUACUUUGUUGUAUAACAAUAGUAGCUUUUAGUUAAUUUUUUAAUUGUGUUUUAGGUUUUUUGUUGUGACUGACAAAAUGGAUUCUAAAGUGUUUGUUCUGUGUUUUUGUGCGGUGUUCGUUGCUGCUGAAGCUAUAGAAAUGAACUUAACGAACGAGUGGAAACAAGACAUUGGUUGGGAGAUCUACUGCUCGUGGAGGAUUCCAAAUGGCGACUCUCUACAGUCAGUGCGGUUGCACCAAAACAACCAGCAGUUCCUGAUAUUUAGACCUGAGACUGAUGGAGACAGUCGCGUUUUAGUGACCAGACGUCUUACAGAUGUUUUAACAACAAACUGUGCAUUAUCCAAAGAAGACAGACAAAUGGGAACUUGCGUGCUAACAUUUGAACUGUACCAGCCUCAGAAACAGGGCUUCAUGAUAACCUGUGAGGUGUCAGGAGAACGGCCAUAUUUCAGGAUGGAAAACAAAACUAUUUACGUUGACAAGUACGUUCCAUCUACAGAUGCCGCGCUAAGGGUGGUAUCCCAAAAUAAAGAUACCGGUCGGGUGACUCUCAACUGCACCUCUAGUGGUGUACCGGGUCCUAAUUUGACGUGGACUAUUCUCGGUCAACAAAAGAUCCCUCACGACUUCACCGGUGUCAGUUGGAACGCGACAUCCAAACUAUGGGAUGCGUGGUCCGUCCUAACUUACACGUCGAACGCAGAUACCACAGCAGUUUGCACGCCAGAGGUCAGCACUGCAGGCAGACUAGUGAAGGGAAAAUCUGCUGAAUAUAAUUCUGCAGAAUGUAGCAGAGGACUGGUAGCACUAAUCGUGAGCGCAGCACUAUACCUGGUACUUGUAAGAUGACCAACAUAGGAGUAAACGGCGAAUACUUAAUGAAACCAUAAACUUUGAUUUGUUCAAUUUUAUUUUAUUUCCGCUGAGUAUCGUUGUAAACGAUUGAUUAUUAUAGUUUCCAAGCUGGAGUUACAAUAUGUAAGUCAAACAUUAUCAAAAUAAUCUAGGAACAUUUUGAUUUUAUAAAAGAAAAUGGCGGAUUGACGUAUUCAACUGUCAAAUUGACAAUAUCUUCUUGUUAAUCUAACAGUUGCAUACGUCAGAAAUAAUAAAUCUAAGUAUUAAUAUUGUUACGUCAUAAAAUUAAGACUGAAAUAUGUUUUUCUGAUUUUUUUUUAAUAGAUAUUGAUGCCGUUAUUUAAGAAAAUAUUUUGUUUCCGUAUGACGGAAUAGAUGCAUAUUUCAUAAGCCGGGACAAUUUUCCAAUAUUUCAAAAGACUUGCAUAUUGUAAUUUCAGCUUUAUUUUAUACAUAUUUUGGCUCUUUUUAGAGAUUCUUACAUGUUUUACAUUUUAUUAUGUAGGUUACCAUUAUAUUAAUUUUCUAUUACAGAUAAUAAUUGAAAUUCAUAGUAUAUUAUAAUAUGCACUUAAAAAACCUACUUAUUAAAUGAGAGGAAGACCUUUGCCAUUUAUGUAAUGUAAUAUAAUUAUUAUUAUAACAUGACAAGGUAAAGAAAUGGUAAAAGUCCCCCGCAAUGAAUGUUACGUGCAUUUCACAAUAUUUUUAUUAAUAAAAUCGUGACUAUACAAUUGUAAAUAAAUUUUGGACGUAAUACUUCAUCAAAUUGAAGGAAAGUUUUUUAAGAAAAUAAUAAUUUUAGCACCUCAGAGGCACUGGAAGGAUAUAUAAGGAAUAAAAAUACGUAAAAAAUAUUGUGACUAGGUCAAAGACAUUUCACUUGCUUGCAAAAGAAACAGCGCCUUUUAUUUUAAUUUUUAUAAUACAUUAAUAAAUUACUCUCUAGACUGGCUUUCUUUUAUUAAUUUUGGCAUAUUUUUCAUAUAAAUAUUGUGUGAAUUUUGCAAGCAAGUUUGCAUAAAGAAAAUAUAUUUGUAAGCAAAGAUCUGUAGGUAGGAACGUAAUUGGUAGUUGAUAUUAUCGAAUGACAGUGUAGUUUAUAUUAUAGUACAGAUUUAUAAGUGUUUAUAAUUAAAGAUUUACAUGCGAAUAUUGAAAUAAUUGUGAAUUUUUUUGUUUGUCAACACACUGUUAUUACUAUUAUAAUCAUACAUUUUAAAUGAACGGAUUUGAGAUUAUUGAACAAUAAAUAAUGAAACCUUUUUA